GAAGCCAAACCCCCAAUUAAAAUAUCUCAUUUGAACAUUUCCAUUUGAAUUUCUGUAACAGAAUGGGGAAACGAUUGCGUGUAUCCAAAUCGAUUUGCAGCUGUGCAUCUCCUCGCUUCUCUUCCGCGCCGAUUGCUUCUUUCUCACGGCAUGACAUGGAUAUAUGGACGGAAAUCGCCAAGUAUUUGGAUGGGAAGUCGUUGAUGAUGCUGGCAGCAACCAACAAAUGGUUCUUUAGCACUUUAAUGGACGAUAGUAUUUGGAAAUUUGCUUGUUUGCGUGAUCUUCAGGUCCCUGAUUCCCCUGAAGUGAGAUUUAAAUGGUCCAAGCUCUAUGCAUCAGCUUUUGGUGGAAGUCAUUCUUAUUCCUUCCGUCAGAAGGAGAAGCAUAUUGAUUGGAUGAGAAUUGGUGCAUUUUCCUUCGACUCGCCAGAUGCAUUCCUCAUGGAGAAUCUUAUCUGCCCUCCAAAGCUUCCAACAGAAGAUACCGUGCAGAAGAUGCUGGACUCUGACGGGUCUUGUAUAUUGCACAACAUCAAAACUGGAAUAUGGAUAGCAGAUUUACAGCUUGUUCGGUGCCCUGUAUGUGACCUGAACACAUGUGAUGGAACAAUGCAGGUACUGGAUGCCAGACACUUGGAGCUCUUCCUCAAUGACGGGUUCGUAAAUGGAAGCUGGGGGUACGAGCUGGUAGGAUCUCAUGACAUCAAAAGACAUGUAAACAGUGCAUCUGGUGGCAUUUUGGACGUCAAACACUUUAAGAGUCCAUACACAGCUGACCUGUUCAAUCUCAAGUCAUGGGUGGGGAAGUCCAAUGAUUGGCAACCGAAAGCUAUGGUGACUUACAAUGCAGUCGCUAUCAACACAAAUCUACAAGAUAAUGAUGGCCUUCAUAUUAAAUACCAUGUCAUGAUGUCUGGAGACACUGGUGAAGUUGUGGCAAUCCGUAUAUCCCAACAACUACUCUGAAUAACAAUGGCAAAAUUUCCAUCCGUGUUGCUCGUAUGUAAAGGUCAGUAUAGCUUCUCGUCAUGAACCUUGAUAGUCAGUAGCAUAUGUAAUAAACAGACAUUCGCAUACAUAACACCCCCACCCCCACACAAAGAGUAUAAAAAAAGGAUUUUGAAAAAUUAAUAAUGAGUUGGAUACUUACAGGACACCAAGUAGUUUCUGGUAAAGUGAUAAAGUUUUUGUAGACAGUGAGUGGUAUAGACCUUGAGGAUUUUGUAAAUCAUUAUGCAAAGAUUAUGGUUCAUUUUUAACA